AAAAUGUCAUCAACUACGAAAUCAAAGAAUGUUUCAAUUUCGGAAUUUAAAACGCCCGGUUAUAUUAAGUUUUUGUUUGGUGGUCUGUCAGGUAUGGGUGCAACUUUAUUUGUUCAACCGUUGGAUCUAGUGAAAAAUAGGAUGCAAUUGUCAGGAAUGCAAGGCAAACGUGAGUACUCUUCAACUUUUCAUGCAGUUCGUUCAAUUGUCAGAAAUGAGGGGUUUGUUGCAUUGUACAAUGGCCUUUCUGCUGGUUUGGCUCGUCAAGCAAUAUAUACGACUACUAGACUUGGGUUAUAUACCUGGCUUUUAGAAUUUUGCAGCCACGAAGGAAGGAGUCCAUCAUUUGCAAUAAAGGCUGGUCUUGGCAUGACAUCUGGUGGCAUUGCUUCACUUUUUGGGUUUGUUUUUAUUGUAUAUCUUUUAAAUCACUCAUUCAGAAAUCCAAUGGAAUUAGCACUAGUUCGAAUGACCGCUGAUGGACGGUUGCCUAUAAACGAGAGGAGAAAUUAUAAAAAUGUAUUAGAUGCACUUAUCAGAGUUACUCGAGAGGAAGGAGUAGUCACUUUGUGGAGGGUGAAGAUAAAAAUUUGCAAUUAA